UCCAGUGUGAGGGGACUGUUUAUGCAGACGCACACGCAGGAAGUGUGUCGCAUAGAUAGUUCUCCCCUUUCCCUGUGCAUUUGGAAGCGGGAUAAUUGGAGAAUUAAAUUGUGUGUGUAAAAAAAAAACGAGUAAAAUGUUUGCGGGAUUACCAGAACUUGGAAUUUCCAACGGCGAAGAUCUAAAAGAAACUCUCACCAACUGCACAGAGCCUCUGAAAGCAAUCGACCAAUUUCAGACAGAGAAUGGCAUCUUACUACCCACACUUCAGUCGGCACUCCCCUUCCUGGACCUCCACGGCACGCCCCGACUGGAGUUUCACCAGUCUGUCUUUGAUGAGCUUCGGGAGAAGCUGAUGGAGCGUGUUGCCACUAUCGCGGAAGGGAAGGAGGAGGACCGAUAUGUGAAGCUGGAGGAGCUGCUGGAGAAAAGCUUUCCUUUGGUCAAGAUGCCGUCCAUCCAGCCAGUGGUUAUGCAGGUGAUGAAACACCUGCCCAAGGUACCAGAGAAGAAGCUGAAGCAGGUAAUGGCAGAUAAGGAGCUGUACAAGGUGUGCGCCGUGGAGGUGAAGCGGCAGAUCUGGCAGGACAACCAAGCCCUGUUCGGCGAUGAGGUGUCUCCACUGCUCAAGCAGUACAUUGUGGAGAAGGAGGCGGCCCUGUUCAGCAGCGACCUCUCUGUGCUUCACAACUUCUUCAGCCCCUCGCCCAAGACACGCCGACAGGGAGAGGUGGUGCAGAAGCUUACACAGAUGAUUGGGAAGAAUGUGAAGCUCUACGACAUGGUCCUGCAGUUCCUGCGCACUCUCUUCCUGCGCACGCGCAACGUCCACUACUGCACGCUGCGCGCUGAGCUGCUCAUGUCCCUCCACGACCUGGACAUCAGCGAGAUCUGCUCUGUUGACCCGUGCCACAAGUUCACCUGGUGCUUGGAUGCCUGCAUCCGGGAGAAGUUUGUGGAUGCCAAGCGAGCCAGGGAACUGCAGGGUUUCCUGGAUGGAGUCAAAAAGGGUCAGGAGCAAGUGCUGGGGGACCUUUCUAUGAUCCUGUGUGACCCGUUUGCCAGUAACACCCUGGUGCUGAGCCUCGUCAGAAAUCUGCAGGAGCUGCUGGGCCAGGAUGCUUUACCCAGGGACAGUCCAGACCUGCUUCUGCUUCUGAGGAUGCUGUCACUUGGCCAAGGAGCUUGGGACAUGAUUGACAGCCAGGUGUUCAAAGAACCUCGCCUGGACCUGGAAGUGGUGACGCGCUUCUUACCUGCUAUGUUGUCGGUGGUGGUUGACGACUACACUUACACUGUAGAGCAGAAGCUACCCAGUGAGGAAAAGACGUCCCUGGUCUAUCCCAGCAGUCUGCCGGACGCCUUCAACAGAUAUCUUCAGGAAAACAGAGUUGCUUGUGAGAUGGGCCUGUACUAUGUUCUUCACAUUGCCAAGCAGAGAAAUAAAAACGCUCUGCAGAGGUUGCUGCCUGCACUGGUUGAAACCUAUAAUGACACGGCUUUCGGGGACAUCUUCCUACACCUGCUGACGGGACACCUUACCCUGCUGUCUGACGACUUUGGCACGGAGGAGUUCUGCUCUGCCGUCUUCGACAAUUUCCUCCUCACUUCUUUCUCAAGUAAGGAGAAUGUACAUCGGCACACACUUCGCUUGUUGCUACACCUGCACCACAAGUUGCUGCCACCCCGCCUGGAGGCCCUGGUGAAGACCCUUGAGCCUCCUAAACAGAGCAGUGACCCUGUUAAAGAGCUCUACACCCAGCUGGUGGAGAAGCUGGAGGCUCAGAAGAAGAGCCCUCCACAGCCUGCCGAAGCUCCCACACUGGACUUGGGUCUCCACCCUGUCACAGUGCCUACCCCCACCUCCGCUCCCAGCACGCCCCUGUGAUAGAGGACAUGCCUCCAGGCUCAGUGAACUUUUCUGUCCACCCUGAUUCCCAUAUGCCCGUGUUGACCUUUUAUAGUUAUGUAUAUAGAGCAGUUUAAUACAAAACAGGUUCUUUAAAGGAGCACGAAAAUCUAUAUAUAACUGGUCACAGCUUAGUGUUUCCUUCUCAUAUUUUAAAACAUGAGGUACCAUGCUUUAAAUCAGUGUUUAAAGACCAACAUUGAAAUGUGUAAAUUGUUUUUUUACAAAAUGCAGUCUUUCUGCAUAACUGUACAAGCUUCAUGGUAUAUCGUCCUUUAUUUUUGACUGAAUGUGAUUACCUUCGUUGGCUGUGUGUGAUAAAACAAAGUGUAAAUAAAAGAUUUGGUUAGGAUAUGGCUGAA